CAUUUAAUGCGAAAGGAAUCUGAACAAGGCAACGAAUUCAGACCUAACGCUUUCCUGUUUAGUUAACUCAAUCAAACCUGCCUCCUUGCUGCUGUUCAUGCUUUGAGUUUUGCAACUGUGAACCUUCCCUGCACAGGGACUCUGGCGCUCCCGGGAGUUCCGCUGUGCAAUCGGGGCAAUCGGAGGUUCCUGAUGUACAGGCUCGUGAAAGAUCCCUCUUUGCUCAGGCGAAUACAAGGUGGAUCUAUGCUAAGAAGCAAGCGGAAAGCAGAGGAAGUUUAAAAGGGGAGAAUGCAGGCUGUUUAUUGGUACGCUGUCCUUCUCCUUCAGAGCAGUCUUUAUUUGGUGCUACCCGACAUGGAGACCCUCAAAGUUAAUAAGCUGAAGCUGAAUUCUAUAUUGGGAAGUGGCCAUGAUGGGACCCUGAAGAGAUUUUGGAGCAGACAGCCAAUAAAGGUUAUUUGCAUUCAUGGAAAUAAUCCUCAGAAAUCAGAACUUCUAAAAACUGACAGCUCUAAGAAUUCGCAAAAACACAUAUGGACAGAAGCCAGCAAAGACCUCUCUAUCAGCCGUCUGCUUUCACAGACAUUAUCUGGCAAAGAGAAUGCUACUGCUGUGGACCUGCAUUAUGAAACUCCAGUACCUUACUCUGACCAGGACAUAUGGGAUUGGUUACGAAAUGCAUCAGAUCAGAAGGACCCCCGCCCUCGAAUUAAGAGGCGACCUAUAGUCAAAACGGGCAAGUUUAAAAAAAUGUUUGGCUGGGGGGACUUUCAUUCCAACAUUAAAACUGUCAAGCUAAAUCUACUCAUCACAGGCAAAAUAGUGGACCAUGGAAAUGGUACCUUUAGUGUCUAUUUCCGUCACAAUUCAACUGGCCAGGGGAAUGUUUCCGUCAGCCUGGUACCCCCUACAAAAAUUGUGGAAUUUGACUUGGCUCAACAGACGGUGAUUGAUGCCAAAGAUUCAAAGACAUUUAACUGCCGUAUUGAAUAUGAGAAAGUGGACAAGGCGAAGAAGACUACGCUUUGCAACUAUGAUCCAUCAAAAACCUGUUACCAGGAGCAGACGCAAAGCCAUGUGUCAUGGCUGUGCUCCAAACCCUUUAAAGUUAUAUGUAUUUAUAUUUCAUUUUACAGUACAGAUUAUAAACUAGUGCAGAAAGUGUGUCCAGAUUACAAUUACCACAGUGACACUCCAUAUUUCCCCUCUGGCUGAGGGUGACCUGAUUGGCAUCUGAGAAAACGGUUACUGUAAUUAUGGUAUUGUAAUGAAUUCUAUAUCUUAGUCUUCAUUUGUAUGAAUGGUUUGUACUGUAUAUAGUUUAUUCAGUGUUAUUUGAGCUACCUAUGACCAUUAACUUGUAACUGUCUCUCUUGCUUGUUUAUGGUUUUAAGAACAAAUGAAAUGAAAAAUAACCUUUUAUUUGUGUAGCCGUUAUAGCUUACAACAAACUCAUGUACAAAAAGAAUUAUUAUAAUUAAUGUAACUGGUGAAGGAACAGUUUAAGAGGUAUACAUAUACCAUAUUACUCAUUGCUGUAUUAAAGUAUUUUAUUUCUGGAAGAUAUGAUAUGUAAAUAGGAAUAAAAUACAAAAAGAUUUCAGUUUCAAAAUGUG